UCCGUUGCAUCUGCGCGGGCUCCACCCUCAGCAAGCGCUACCUUCGCCUGCGUUUGCCACGGGGCGGCGACCGACUCCGUGGGCGCAGAGCAGACAAGACGUACAGAGUACUGGGCUACAGGACCGCACGGGGUGUUUCUCAUUCUAGAUAGCAGGGGACGCCCAAUGAAGCCUGCGAUGCGCGUGCGCAAUGACGGACGAUGCGCCAGAGACAGCUACAGAAAACAUCAUGACGCAAGACAGCGAUGGAGCGGGCAUCGGACCGGGCUGGAGAGAUUGCGAAGACAUAGUACGGGGAGUAGGCGUAGUUUGGCCGCUAGCGAGGGGUUGUGGUUGGGGUCAGUCACGAUCGCGAGGGGGGGCAGGGCAGUGUGA